AUGGUCUCCCUUCCCCAACUUACCCUUCUUUCACUCGCGGCGUUACUGGUAAUGCUGCUUUACCGUUACCGGGCCACCCUUCCCCUUCCUCAGAGCAUCCGGUCUCUCCUUAACCACCCUUCUUCAAGCAAUUAUGAACGCCUUUCUACCUUCUCCGACCAGGCCGCGGCCGGCAUGACCAGCAACAACUUCGACAUUGAAGCCAACAACCUGCGGGAGGGCGAUCUGCGCAUGGGUCUCGACGAGAACGGUACCCGCGAGGUGAUGGACAUCAUGCGCCGGGAGAAUGUCACCUUUGACCAGGCGCGCCUCAUCCGCCAAAACCGCCUCUUUGCUGCCAACGGCAUCGACCCGUCUGGCAUGCCUCUUGACGCUAAGGCUGUCACCCGCCUCUAA